AGACCAAUCUGCGGAGCAGAGGUUCUGAGGCUUGCAAAGGGCACAAUCAGACAGGAUGUGGUUUUUGCAGUGAGAUGUCCCUUAUUUCAUUCUCAGUGGAAAAUUAUAUAAUUUUAAGAAACCUUUGGCAUUUGAAUAUGUUUUGAUAAUAUUUCUAAACAGGCCUAGCCUAGCUGAGUUAGUGGUUACAACAGCAAAAAAUUGCUGUAAACAGCUCUUCUUUCAAGGAAAAACGUUACAGGUCGCAAAUCACAUCCUGUCUCAUCGCACCCUGGGAGGAGCAUGGGCUAUGCUUUCAGUUUCACUUUGACUUAUUACGUGGGGGUUGUAAGACAACGUGGUAGAAACGAGGAAAAAGAGAAGAUGUUUCCAUUCAUAAAAGCUGUUCAAGAUGUGCUCAGAGAUGGUUUAAUGAGCGCCACUCUUGUUCAGCGGGCGCCACCACUUCCUGUUUUCACAUCUGCGGACAGAGAAUUUGACCUUGAAUGGAGGAAAACAAAGUGGGACAUUGGCAAUAGAAACAGGAUGGAAAAGGAACUGAGAGAAUUCCGUCUGCUGAAUUCCGAACUCAAGCACCUGCGUAUCCUGCUGCACGGGCCGGUGGGAGCUGGGAAGUCCAGCUUCAUCAACUCCAUCAACAGUGUUUUUCAGGGCCAGAUAUGUGCAGGGGCUCUGGUUGCUGCAGAGUCUGGCAUCACUUUCACCAGAAAGUACAAAACACAUAAAUUCAGAAAUGGGAAUUCUGGACGUCUGCCCUUCGUGGUAAAUGACAUAAUGGGUCUUGAGAAAGGGAAUUCUAUCGGAGUACACCCCAGUGACAUCAUCAAUGCAUUAAAAGGUCAUGUUAAAAACAAUUACAAGUUCAAUCCAGUUUCUCCACUGUCUGUGGGAGACGCUGACUAUGUCACCAACCCUUCUCUGAAUGACCGGGUGCAUUGUUUGGUCAGCGUGAUCCCAUUGGACAAGAUCUCCAUCAUGGAUGACGAGGUCAUCAACAAGAUGCGAGCUAUCAGAGAGGCUGCCAGUGAGAUGGAUAUUCCUCAAGUCAUUGUUGUUACAAUGGUGGAUAAAGCCUGCCCAGUGGUGAAGGAAGAUCUGAGGAAGAUCUACUUCAGCAAGAGGAUCAAACAAAAUAUGCAGGAGUGCAGUAACCGACUUGGUGUUCCCAUGAACUGCAUUUUCCCAGUGAAAAACUACCACGAGGAAACCGAGUUGGACCAGGAAAUGGACUGCCUCAUCUUAACCGCUUUGGGACGUAUUGUUCAUUUCUCCCAUGAAUAUAUUGAUUCUCUAGAUGAUUGAUGGGCCAGUUGAAAGUCAAUGUUGGUGACUCAAAUGUCCUCAUAUACAGUAUAUCUCAUGUAGUAAAAUGAUAUGUAAUGAUCGUCUCUUUGAGUUAAAAACAAGUAACAAUAUAUUACACUAAUUGCAGUAUUUCUGUUACAGUUUUUUUCAAUUGCUAAAACACAAUUUUGAAAACUACUGUAGAGUGGUUUUCUCAAAAUUCACACAGGAUUCACAAAACCACGCACCCAAACUGCAAAAUACCUCAUUAUAUCCUGCAAAAUGAAGCACAGCAACCAAAACUACAUACAGUAUUAUCAAAAUCAAUCUUUUGCACCUCAUGGCACACACUUCAUUCAUUCACCAGAUUUUUGUCUAACCAACUACACACUGUUAUGCAUAAUAAAGAGCACUCUUGUCGUUAGUAUGCUUUACCAUAACACUAAAAUAGUUCAAAUUGUAGUUGUUCACAUGCACAUACAAAUUUGCAGAUACACACGCAUGCUGCUGUUUUUUUUUUUUUUUACCAAACAAGUCAAUGCAACAUAUGCACUGCAGAUAUACAGUGUUACAUUUAACUCUCCCUCUCAUUCUCACCCUCCCUCUUCCUCUUCCUCUCGUUGCAAUGUCUUCAUGAAAGGUGUUCAUCUAUGGUUUUACUGUAUUGUUUUUGUCUUUGUGAAGCACAUUGGGUUGCCCUGCCGGACAAAAUGUGCUAUAUAAAUAAAGCUGCCUUGCCUUGC